CACAUUUCCUUCUCUCUGUGGAACACCCCCCCCUCUCCAAAUCCACCAUUCCUUCCUCCGUAAGCAAAAAAACUCCCCCUCCUCCUUCAAACCCCUGACCACCAGCAACCAUGCAAGAACCGGACCUUCACGAUUUAUCCGACGACGGCGAUUACGCCGCCUCUCUUCAGCAAGGACCGGCGAGCAUGAUGAUGACGCGAAGCGACGUCGGAAAGAGUACCUCGUCGAGCGUGCCGGAAGGCGCAGAAGUUGUAUAUCUCAAAGAUAACGUCACAAUUCAUCCUACUCAGUAUGCGUCCGAGAGAAUCAGUGGUCGGCUGAAGCUUAUCAAGCAAGGCUCUUAUCUCUUUAUGACGUGGAUUCCGUACAAAGGGCAGAUUACGAAUGCGAGGUUGUCAGAGAGAGACAGGAGUCUUUAUACCAUAAGGGCUGUGCCUUUUACUGAUGUGAGGUCCAUUCGUCGAUAUACUCGGACGCUUGGGUGGCAGUACAUAAUUGUUGUUUUGUCAUCAGGACUUGCAUUUCCUUCACUUUACUUCUACAAUGGAGGAGUCAAAGAAUUUCUUGCUACAAUAAAGCAACAUGUUUUUAUUGCGAGAGAUGCCAUUUCUAGUAAUCUUGUUGCUGUCCAUCAAAUUUCCAGGUCAUUAGAAGAUGCAAAUGUAUUCCUGGUGAAUGAUUUUCAAAAUCCCUUUCAGAGAACUUUGUCCUCUUUAGAGUUGCCUGUUUCUAUUGCAAGUAGGCCAUCUGCAUCUGUUUCAGAUGGUGGUGAAUAUUCAUCUUAUGAACUCCAAGGGAGGAUUGAUAGCAGCAUUCAUGAAGACACUCCCAGGCCUUCUCAAAACCAUGGGAGGCAGAAGCACAAGAGUCAUGAUCCUGCUCGAGAUCUAACAAUCCAAGUACUGGAAAAAUUUUCUCUUGUGACUAAAUUUGCUCGGGAUACAAGUUCACAACUGUUUCGUGAAAGUAAUAGCAAUGGCUAUGGUGCUAUUGAGAGGAAAAGUUCUAGCCACUCUCCCCCUAAUAUCCCCCAUGAGGCAUCAAUGGAUGCAAAGGUAGCUCCUGUGGAAGGUCCUGUUCCUUCAGAUCCUCUGGAGUUCGAUAAAAUGACACUUGUAUGGGGAAAACCGAGACAGCCUCCCUUGGGGUCUGAAGAGUGGGAAAUUUUCUUGGAUUCUGAAGGGCGAGUCAUCGAUUCAAAAGCCUUAAAAAAGAGAAUAUUCUACGGGGGAGUUGAGCACUCAACAUGUAAAGAGGUCUGGCCACUUCUGUUGGGAUAUCAUGCUUAUGAUUCAGCAUAUGCUGAGAGGGAAUAUCUCAAGUCAACCAAAAAGUCAGAGUAUGAGACAGUAAAACAACAAUGGCAGAGUAUCUCUACUGAACAGGCAAAGAGAUUUACGAAAUUUAGGGAAAGGAAGGGCUGUAUAGACAAAGAUGUGGUGAGGACUGAUAGAACGUUGUCUUUCUAUGAGGGUGAUGAUAAUGCAAAUGUGAAUAUCUUACGUGAUAUUCUUUUGACAUAUUCCUUUUAUAACUUUGAUCUUGGUUACUGCCAGGGUAUGAGCGAUUUACUAUCCCCAAUUUUGUUUGUGAUGGAGGACGAAUCAGAAUCAUUUUGGUGUUUUGUGGCACUGAUGGAACGCCUUGGUGCCAAUUUUAACCGUGACCAAAAUGGCAUGCACUCUCAGCUUUUUGCAUUAUCUAAGCGGGUGGAGUUGCUUGAUAGCCCAUUACAUAACUAUUUCAAGCAGAAUGAUUGCUUGAGUUACUUCUUUUGUUUCCGCUGGGUUCUAAUACAAUUUAAAAGGGAAUUUGAAUACAAGAAAACAAUGCGAUUGUGGGAGGUGUUGUGGACCCAUUAUUUGUCUGAGCACCUGCAUCUGUAUGUAUGUGUUGCGAUCUUGAAGCGGUACCGCAACAAGAUUAUGGGGGAGCACAUGGACUUUGACACCCUCUUGAAAUUCAUCAAUGAGCUGAGCGGCCAUAUCGACCUUGAUUCAAUUCUUAGAGAUGCAGAGGCUCUGUGCCUAUGUGCUGGUGAGAAUGGUGCUGCUUGCAUCCCCCCAGGGACACCACCUUCGCUGCCCACCGAGAAUGAGAACGCUUUAUUGUAUACUCAAGAGGAGGAUGAAGUACUGUAAUCAGAUUCUUCCCAUUGGUCGUGCUGGUAAAGAGACAUGGUCGUAGCCCUAUGGAUGGCUGGACAUGGGUGGUACCUAUCAGCCGAUUGUGAUGUUUUAUUUUUUUUGGGCCCUCCUUUGGAAGAAAAAAUAAUGGGAUGAAUGCUUGCGUCAAGAUGCUGAUAAUUUUGUCACGUUAUGCUUCACUUCAACCCCUUACCUUGUAGCCUGCAACUCCAUUGCUCUGUUCCGAGGAUGUCUUCACUUUUGUGGGACUUGCAUCCGUAACUAAAGGGUGUCACGGCAGGCUAGGUGACGGAUUUCUGAUUCCGAGUGUCAUGCUACUGGAUCUUGACCAUUAGAUCAAUGUUUAUUUAUUUAUUUUCAUUUCAUGCUUUG